AAAUUCCCAGGUAAAAUCAAGGUGUAUCACUCAAGAUUUAGUCAGACUACUCAAGAUUGUACACAGUGUACAGUUUUUGCAACAGGCUACUUUUCCUUCCUUUUAUUAUGCUCUUUUAGCUAUUGAUUUUAUUGCUUGAAUCUGGCAUAUUAUGUCACUGCCCCGAAGCAUAUCUUCUGCUGAUCUUAGACGGACAGAGCGCUGUCAGGACUUCAUUCGAAAAGACUGGAAGAAUGCAGAGGGUCCUGAUGCUCCAGUUAACUACUUCAAUGCCUCACCUCGUUUCACACUUACCAUCCCAUCACUGAUUGAACAUAAAGAUGAGAAAUUUCGUCGAUUUGUUUUUGAACGUGUCAUCAACUAUACGAUAAAAGAAGACUUGGAGCGUUCUAAAACCAUCAACUGGUGCCGUGGUGCUAGCGAAGUUGUUCCGCUCUACACCACUGGAGAUGGGAACUGCCUCCUACACGCCGCCUCUCUUGGCAUGUGGGGCUUCCAAGAUCGCAACUUCACUCUUAGAAAAUCAAUUCACAAUGCUUUAGAAAAUGGAAAGUACAAUGGCUUGUAUGACAGGUGGAUUGAUUGGAGGAGAAGUGAGAAUAGGAAGAUUGGGUUUAGUCUUGAUCCUCAUCAGUGGGAAAAGGAAUGGGCCGACGAAGUUAAAUUUUCUUCAACGGAAAAGGUUAAUCACGGGUCCCUCGGAUAUCUGAAUGAGUUUCAUGUUUUUGUUUUGUCCAAUGUGUUAAGGAGACCUGUUUUCCUCUAUUCCCCACCGAAGCUAUUUUCUCAAGAUGAAGGAGUCACACUACAAAUGGUUGAGUUUUAUGGUCUCUAUCUCCCUCUACUCUGGAAUCCUAGACACUGCAUUAAAGAUCCUCUGCCUAUAGUCUAUAACAAUGGCCACUUCUCUGCCCUCACAAUCAUUGAUGAUCGUAAAGAGUAUACUGACGGAUGCCUCCUGUUUCCUCUCUGUGAUUUUUAUUUUCGAGAUCUUCCGAUUCGUUUCAUAAAUGAAAGAGAAAAUGCUACAUUACUCAAAGAAGAAUACCUCAGGAUAAAGGUUUUGCAUAGUACUAGACGAGACAUUCAUUGUGCCAAGUUGAUCCUUGAUGAUCAGCCGAAGUACAUGAAGCCGUUGUUAGAGGGUUUUAUCAUGUGUUGUUUGGAGGCCUAUCAAAAGAAUGCACCUAAUGAUGAGAGACUGGGAUCCAGUAGUGGUGGAACAUGUCGCAAUAAAUGUGGCUUUAAUGGCUCCUCUCAAUAUAAUGGAUACUGUUCACAAUGUUUUAAACGAGAGUCAGCCUCAAACCCAUAUCAGGGAGCCUCAAGCCCAUACCAGAAACCCCCAGACCCAUACCAGAGAGAAAGAGGUCAGGAGCCCAUGAAUCCUAGAGAUGAAAUGGAAGUGUCAUCCGUGACUUGCAACAAUAACUGCAAUAGAUUGGGGUUUGCCAUGUACCUUGGGAUGUGCAAAGAUUGCUAUGAAAGAAAGAGAGGGAAAGAUAAAGAAAGUGAUCGUCCUGUCUCCCAACCACCGCCUCAGUCACAGGCCAAACCUCCCAUCUCUCAAAUUACGUCGUCUCUUUUAGAAAAGUCCUCAGAGACUCGGGCGUGUCGUACAAAAGGAUGUGACUUUUUUGGAAAGGCAGCAACAAAAUUCUACUGCUCCCAAUGUUUUGAAAAGAAUCUCCCAAAGAUUUUGAGCUCUUCAGAUCUCUCACUUUCCCCUGAUCCACACAAUCCCAAUAAUCCAAGACCCGGUAGUGCAUCAAAUUUUGAGCCCCCCAGGGACCCAAAGGAAGAGGGAGAAGGACCAAAGUGUUCAAACUGUCGUAAAUUUUUCGCAAAUCCUGAAUAUGGUGACCUUUGCAGUGCCUGCUUCAAAGACAAGACCAAAAAAGAGGCUAACAACAAGACGGCUCCAUUGCAGCAGAGUGACCCACCAUACCAACAAAACGUUCACCGUACAACUGCACCACAGGAGAGGAGAGAGAACUGGAGAGGAAGGGAUGAAGAUGAGGCCAGACUUUAUCCAAGGGAAGAUCAAAGAAGAUAUAGAUAUGAGGGAGAAAGAGAGAGAGACCAUGACAGACACAGGAGAGAUGACUUUCCUCCUGAUCAAAGAGAAAGAGAAAGGUACUACAAUAGGGAGGAACGAGAUCGAAGGGCUGGGAAUGAAUAUUAUAAUGAUUAUCCUCCUCGAGAAGGCUAUGAAAGGGAGAGGAAUAGCGGGGAGAGGAUGAGAGUGCAGAGCAGGGAAAGAAAUGAGGGCAAUAGUGGAGAAAGGAGUCCUGCAAUUUACAGCAAGGAGAGACAGUAUAGUGGUGAAGGAAGGAGACCUCUCAGUGGAGAGAGAAACAGGCCAUACCGUGAGUACAAUCAAUCAGGAGGAAGGAGAGAUGAAGGUCACUUGAAUGAACUUAAUGGAGGAAGGAGAGAUCAAUACUAUCAUCAUGAAAAGGAGAGGGAGAAAACAAGAAUGAGCGAAGGCUUGGUUUGUAUUCUGUGUGAUCUUAGUGCUCCGAUAUCAAAAAUGAAUGGAAUUUGUGAGGAACAUGCCAGAAAGUGUCGUAGAGAGCAAGACGAAGUGGAACAACACAAAGAUUUAAGAUUUCCAGAAAAGCGUCUCUGCAAGUCACCAGGCUGUGGUUAUUUCCCAGAUCCUUCUUGUGAUAACUACUGUCAACGCUGCCAUGAGGAAAAUCAGAGGAAAUAUUACAAUAAAAGAACCAAGUGCAGUCUUGAUGGUUGCUCUAAUGACAAGACUCAUGAUAAUGGUCUCUGUGAUAGAUGCUACAAAGAAAGAUAUCCUGAUUACAAAGAAAAAUAUUCUACUGAUUCACCUCAGUAUGGUGCUACAGGACAUCCUCUUGCUCCUUCCUCUCAGUUUGAAGGAACUGAAAGAAAUGAUGGCCACUCUCAUUGUAUUCGCAGAUCCUCAGAGCCACAGUUGGCUCAGUACAAUCGCUCUCCUAGCAGCAACUUUGAGCCAAAGUUGAGCCGCCUCCGUAGCUUAUCACAGGAGGAUGAGAGAGAAACUGAGAGGGAGAGUGAAAGGAGAAGAGCUGAGUAUUCUAGAAGCAGAUUUGAAGAGGAGGAGUACAGGAGGAGAGAGCACGAUGCAGAAAGAAGAGCUAAUAACUAUUACGAUAGAGAUCGUGAUAGGCAAAAUAAACAAUUGGACUUAAUUUAAAAGCUUUUAUAACAUUGUUUGUGUGAGACUUGUUUGUGAUCUAAUAAGAUGUUGCUCUAUUUUUCAUUAUUUAAUAAUGUAUUUCAGUUUCAGCUGUAUAAUGGCAAGAGAAUAUCCUUUCCAUAAUG